ACAAACACAGACACACUUAUUUACACACACUUGUUUUCACUUCAUCAGGGUUCAGGCUGAGUUUGCUACCAGCGCUCAUCGGGUCUCGUCUGUCGGGUACUGAUGGCAGAUCUGUGCUCCGUCUGACGAGAGCGCUGCCUCAUCAUCGCAUUAAUAAUUUGUUCAGCAUGUCAGAUGACAACAACGAACUGUUGCGAUCACGAGGGCUGUCAGCAGCGACACGUGGAGUGUGAUCUUCUUAUUUUGUUUGGAAACUCCUGAAUGGCAAAACAGAACAGAAAUUUAAGUUAAAGUGAAGCUGAGAAGCAACAGAGGAACAGAAUGCAUGCUGUGGUGAGGCGCAGAUAAGGAGGACCCAACCACUGAAAUACACCUAUACUCACCAUGAGCAUGUCAGCAGUGCACUCCGCCUCCCCUCCUGCUGAGGAACCAGUGACACCCCCACCCUUGACCACACCUCCUCGCAAAGCUUCAGUCCGGCUCCAGGAGAGGCGGGGCUCUAAUUUGUCUCUUCUUUUGGAUGUGAACACUUUGGGGGUGGAGACUGUCUGUUCUGUCUCCACCCCAAAGGAGGUGUGGCUUCAGCUGCUUCACACCUCCUCACGACCACUCACACACACGCUGCUGCAGGAAGCUGCCAUUGACACAAAUACGCUGAAUGUAGAGUACCAGAAGAUCCCUCCGAACUUUGUGAACGCUGCUGACCUCGAUGUUCCGGGACACAUGAUGAAAGACCGAUACAAAACCAUCCUCCCCAACCCUGAGAGCCGAGUGAUCCUGAGGAACCCGGACGAUGAACCUGGGCCUGAUCGCUACAUCAACGCCAACUACAUCAGGGGCUACAAAGGGGCUCCCAGGGCCUACAUCGCUACCCAGGGGCCCAUGGUGCACACCGUGGGAGACUUCUGGGACAUGGUGUGGCAGGAGAGGAGCAGUAUCAUCGUCAUGGUUACGAGGCUGAAGGAGAACAACGAGAAAUGUGAGGUGUACUGGCCACAGCCGAGAGACAAGACGAAGAGGGUAAAGGAGGAGGACGAAGACACGGAGGAGAAGGACGGGCAGAGGGAGAAGGAAAAUGAAGAGGAAGGAGAGACGAGACAAAUCGGCAGAUUCCUUAUCAGAGUGAAAGACAGCCGAGAGAAAGACGGAUUCACGGUCACAGAUAUGGAGAUUCAGCUCCAUUCAGAGUGUCGACACGUCAGACACUACUGGUUCACAUCUUGGCCUGACCAUCAUAUCCCACAAUGCAUAGCUCCAUAUCUAAGGCUGGUGGAAGAGGUGGAGACGUACAGCAAGUCCCUCGUGCCGCCCUCUAGCUCUCAGGAAGUCUCUGCGCCCGCCUCCAGCCCUGGACCAAUCAUCAUCCACUGCAGUGCAGGUAUCGGGCGGACAGGCUGUUUUAUAGCCAGCACUAUCGGCUGUCAGCAGCUCAGAGAAACCGGGCAAGCUGAUGUCCUGGAGACAGUUUGUCAGCUUCGACUCGACAGGGGCGGUAUGAUCCAGACCUCAGAGCAGUACCAGUUCUUGUACUCCACACUGGCCCAGUACAGCUCCCAGCUGCAGCAGAAACAGAACCAGCCUGGCACACUGCCUCAGAGCCAGCAGAACCCAGAGGACCAGGUCAGCAUACAGCUGCAGAACCUCGAGCUACACAGCAAACAGAACAGGAAGAUCUCAUAGAACCUGGAUAACCAGCAGUGUCUUCAGAGAAGUCCAGGAGAAGCGAGGAGAAAGACGCCAGCAGCAGCAGAACUGAUGCACCAGCAGGGGGACGAGGAGGAUCCUACAGGGGCCCCAAAGAACUGGUGUUUGGCUCCAAUUUGACUGAACAAGCACAGAAUAGGAAUAAUUAGAAGAUCAAAAGCAUCAUGUUCAUGACAGACUAAGACUGAAUCAGACUAAUUAAAUAAAAUAAGGCAGGAAUAUU